AUGACCCUGUCCGGCAGCCUGAGCUCCAGCGACAUGUCCGGCCAGGCGGUGCUGACGGCCGAAGAUGUGGACAUCGACGUGGUGGGCGAGGGAGACGACGGCCUGGAGGAGAGAGGCUGCGGCGGCGGCGGCGGCGGAGGGGCCAGCGACGGCGAGGCCGGCUGCAGCCCCAGCGCACUGGCCGCGUCGUCGGGCUUGCCAGUCCAGCUGGCCCUCGACGAGGCGGCCGCUGCAGAGCUGCUGCUGGCCAAAGAGGCAGCGGAGACGACGACCAGCGGCAGCAGCAACGGCGGCAGCCCCGUCGAGGAGAAGCUGGCCGGCGAGGAGGGAGCGCCAUCGGGGGGAGCGCCGUCGGGGGCCGCGGCGGCCGCUGCUGCUGCCUCCAGCGGCGGCAAGCCCAAGAGCAGCUUAGUGAAGCCUCCGUACUCGUACAUCGCCCUCAUCACCAUGGCCAUCCUGCAGAGCCCGCAGAAGAAGCUGACGCUGAGCGGCAUCUGCGAGUUCAUCAGCAACCGCUUCCCCUACUACCGGGAGAAGUUCCCCGCCUGGCAGAACUCCAUCCGACACAACCUGUCGCUCAACGACUGCUUCGUCAAGAUCCCCCGCGAGCCGGGCAACCCGGGCAAGGGCAACUACUGGACGCUGGACCCGCAGUCCGAGGACAUGUUCGACAACGGCUCCUUCCUGCGCCGGAGGAAGCGCUUCAAGCGCCACCAGCAGGAGCAGCUGCGCGAACAGACGGCGCUCAUGAUGCACAGCUUUGGCGCGUACAGCCUGGCCGCCGCCGCCGCCUCGGCCGCCGCCGCCGGGCCCUACGGCAGAGCCUACGGCCUGCCCCACGGCGCCUACCCGCACCCGGCCGCCGCCCUGCAGUACCCCUACAUCCCCCCCGUCGGGCCCAUGCUGCCUCCCGCUGUGCCGCUGCUGCCGUCCAGCGAGCUCAGCCGGAAAGCCUUCAACUCCCAGCUCAGCCCCAGCCUGCAGAUCCAGCUCAGCGGACUCAGCGCCGCCGGAUCCGCAGCCGCAGCCGCUGCAGCCGCCGCCGCCGCCGCAGCCGCCGCCUCGUCGGGGGUGAAAGCCGAGCCCAGCAGUCGGCCGUCGUUCAGCAUCGAGAACAUCAUCGGCUGCGUCGGCGGGCCGGCCGCUACGUCGUCGGCCGCCAGCGCGCAGACUUUCCUGCGGCCGCCGGUCACCGUCCAGUCGGGCCUCCUGGCGCACCAGCCGCUCUCGCUGGCGCGGAGCACGGCGGCCAUCGCGCCGAUCCUCAGCGUGCCCACGAACAUUAUCUCGGGACAGUUCUUGCAGCCCGCCGCCUCUGCCGCGCCCGUGCAGGCCAAGUGGCCGGCGCAGUAG